GGAACUUUAUGUAAUGUGAGACUGUUCCCUCUUUCACAGCAAGAGACGAGCGAGAAGUACGACUACUACAGAGACAGAGUGGCCCUGGCAUGUCAGUGGCAGUCAGAUUUGCAAGGGUACUGCAAGAAGCUGGCACUUAUUGAGGCGAACAUGGAAACGCACAGGAGGAUACAGGAGGAAAUUAAAGAGGCUGAGGAUCAGCUUGCCAGUGGCAAUGCUGAGCUUAAGGCUGUAUCCAAUGAGAUUGCACAAAUGAAAAGGACAAUUCUCUUGAAAAAAGAAAAAUUGGCUAAACUGGAUAUCAAAAGCAAGAAGAAACACGAGGAGUUUGAACGGCAGAAGCAAGAAAUUUUGGAGAGCUGCAGUCACAUCCAGGAGAAGCGACAAGCUGUGAAUGCUCGUGUGGCUGCAAUUAACAUAGAAAUCCAACAAACCAUCAAUCAGAAAGAUAAGCUGUUGUCAACAUGUGAAGCGCAAAAAACCCAGUGUGAGGAGGUUAUAGCUGCUUUCCGAGUCGCCCUGGAAAAAUACCAUGAGAGCUUGUUAAAAGUGUCUGAGCGAAGUGCUGAUCGUAGAAGGGACAAGAUUGCCGAGCUGGACCACAGGAUGAAUCGAUGUUGAUCACCCACAUAUAAAUAAAUAGCAUUUGUAGACGCCGUGGUUUAACAGUAGAUACAGCUACAAUGUGUAUUGCUUAAACAUGAUACUUAUUAACUAAUGUUACAAAAUGAUUCAGAAUAAAAAGUUCAGUGUUUGUGAGGAAUAGAAUGUGUUUCUUAAUCGUGUGUCUAAAACUCAGAAUAUUAUUCUGCAGUACCAUUUGUAUUGGGAAACACGUUGCAGGUUUUUCUAAUUGUUUUAACAACAUUUUAAUAAAUAUACCCUUUUCUAUCAGGAGGGGUUUUGCUCUGGG